CCCUUCAGUAUCCGCUGCAAUACGGAGACAAACGCGCAUAUAAUUGAGGCAAAUUCCCUUACGAUCAGCAGAACAGAAAUAUUAGAGCAUUAACAUGGACAAGAAAGUAUGGCAAUGGCAGCGCACCAUCAACUCGCAGACGUUCCUACUGUCCUCGAAUCGCACCCUCCUCCCACAUGCUUUUGUGCAAGAAUCUUUCGCAACUGAAGACAUGUAUUGGGCGAGGCCUAUGUCCUCUGACCAGUUGCGCACCAUGCUCUCCAACUCUCUUACAACCGGUGUUUACCUCAUCUCCCCUGACAAUACGACGACACCGGUGGGCAUGGCCCGCAUAAUCACCGACUACAUCACGUUUGCCUACUUGACCGACGUAUACCUACAACCCUCUUACCGCGCUCUCGGCCUAGGAACAUGGCUUAUCCAAUGCUGUCGCGAAAUCGUCCUGGAGAUGCCGGCUUUGCGUUCCCUGGUGUUGUUGACGGGGAGUGAGCAGGCGGCGAAGCUGUAUAGAAAGGAGUUGGGCAUGCAGUUGCUGGAGGAGGAAGACACGGCGCUAACGUGCAUGCGCGCUCGCAGGGCCACUCUCGCCGACGCCGCGUCCGCUGCUGGACCCAUUCCGCAGGACGAACCGGAAGCGACGGACGCCUAA